AACUGUAAUCAAUUAGUUUCCUUGCCUUGUCCAAUUUAGAUGAAGGAACUCAGAGAACAGUCCUCAGACAUGGAAAGACUGCUUAACGCUGCCAAAUUGGAAAGUGAAAAGCUGAGGGAAUCUUGCACGGCCUUCCAAGUACAGACCACAACCUCAACUGAGGAGAUGAGUCGCCUAAAGACAACUCUAGACCAGGACCGUAAAACUCAUCAGGAUGAGAUUAACGCCCUCAAGAACAAACUGGAGAUGAUCACCAGCCUGGCCCAAGAGAAGGAGACCACUUUACAGCAGAAACUGGACCAGGAGCAGACCCUUCACCAAGAGACAGAAACUAAAUUAAGCUCCAAGAUUAAGGCUUUGGAGCUGAACAUAAAGGAAAUGAGCAUGGAGCGGGAAAAGAUAGGAGAUUCACACAAAGCCGAGAUCAAGGAACUCCUAGAACAUUUGGUGAACAGAGAUAAAUUGGUUUACACAACCCAAUUAGAAAAAGAAGAGCUGAAGGAGUCUUGCAAGGCUUUCAAAGUAAUGACUACAAAUUUGGCUGAGGAGAUGAUGGUGCUGAAGUCGAGCAUCGAGCAGGAGCGUAAAGCACACCAAGAUGAGAUGAACACGCUCCAGAACAAGCUUGACAUGAUGUCCAUCCAGAUGCAGGAGAAGGAGACCACUUUCCAGCAGAAACUGGUUGAAGAGGAGGCCAGAACAGCCCAAACAAAUUUGAAAUUUGCCGAGUAUAGAGAGGAGAUUAAGACGGUCACCAAAGAGCGCCAGCGUUAUCUGAAGAAUGAAUGUCCUUAG